CCCCCCCCUCCCUCCCGCCCUCCCUCCUCCCGCUCCGCCCGGAGCGCCCUUCGCCCAACGCCGUUACCCGGCGCCGACGCAGUCGAGGCCCGAGUGCUGCCGCAGCCUGAGCUGACCCCGCGCUGCCCACCAUGGACACCGGAGUCAUCGAAGGGGGUCUCAAUGUCACACUCACCAUCCGGCUACUCAUGCACGGAAAGGAGGUGGGAAGCAUCAUUGGGAAGAAAGGGGAGUCCGUGAAGAAGAUGCGUGAGGAGAGCGGAGCUCGCAUCAACAUCUCGGAAGGGAACUGCCCCGAGCGGAUCAUCACCCUCGCGGGACCCACCAACGCCAUCUUCAAAGCCUUUGCGAUGAUCAUUGACAAACUGGAAGAGGACAUCAGCAGCUCCAUGACCAACAGCACAGCUGCCAGCCGGCCCCCGGUCACCCUCCGGCUUGUGGUCCCCGCCAGCCAGUGCGGGUCCCUCAUUGGCAAAGGAGGCUGCAAGAUCAAGGAGAUCCGAGAGAGCACGGGGGCACAGGUCCAGGUGGCAGGGGACAUGCUGCCCAACUCGACUGAGCGAGCCAUCACCAUCGCUGGGAUCCCACAGUCCAUCAUCGAGUGCGUCAAACAGAUCUGCGUCGUCAUGCUUGAGUCUCCCCCGAAGGGUGUCACCAUCCCGUACCGACCCAAGCCAUCCAGCUCUCCCGUCAUCUUUGCAGGCGGCCAGGACAGGUACAGCAGCGGCAGUGCGAGCUACCCCCACACCGCCCCAUCCAUGUGCCUCAACUCUGACUUGGAGGGACCACCUCAGGAGGCCACCCGGCAGCCACUGCAUGGCAACGAACUUGGGCCAAUUCCAGCCUGGGCUGCAGUUCUUCCGGCCUAUACCAUUCAAGGACAGUAUGCCAUUCCACAGCCAGAUCUGACCAAGCUGCACCAGUUGGCAAUGCAACAGUCACACUUUCCAAUGUCUCAUGGCAACACUGGAUUCAGUGGCAUUGACUCCAGCUCUCCAGAGGUGAAAGGCUAUUGGGGUUUGGAUGCCUCUGCCCAAACCACCUCCCAUGAACUCACCAUUCCAAAUGAUCUGAUUGGCUGCAUCAUCGGACGUCAGGGUGCCAAGAUCAACGAGAUCCGCCAGAUGUCCGGGGCUCAGAUCAAGAUUGCCAACCCCGUGGAAGGCUCUACUGACAGGCAGGUGACCAUAACUGGAUCUGCAGCGAGCAUCAGCCUGGCCCAGUAUCUAAUUAAUGUCAGGCUCUCCUCGGAGACCGGGGGCAUGGGCAGCAGUUAGGGGGGCCCCGGACCCCCCCGCCUCGCCAUCCAUCUGCGGCCCCUUAGCACCGACCCAGGUUUUAAAACUAGUUUGUACAUUUUCGGUUCCUCCAGCCUCGCGCCACUCACCAGGUUCAGUUUGUUUCAAAACAAUUUUUUUUUUUUUGGUUUUUUGUUUUUGUUCUGUUUCUCGGGGUUAUAUUUUUUUUUUUUUCUCCUCUUGAAUUAAAAGCAUUUUAAUUCCUUCGUUCAGCUCUUAAAACUGCUGAACCCCAAAUCUUAGUUUUAUAAAGCUUCUCUCUCCUCUCCCCACCCUCCCCAGCACCUUCUCCCCUCCUCUCCCCGUUUUUUCGGCUCAUGAAGUUUCUGUUUUUGUCAUUAAAUGUAAGAGUGGAAGAAAAACGAAAAAAAAGCAAAAAAAAACAACAAAAAAAUAUUUCAGUUUAGUUCUGUAACGUCAGGAAAUUUUUCAAAAAAAAACUGAAUAAAAAGAUGGACUGGAGCUUUUCCUUGUGAAUAGAACCUGCAGGAUAUUUUGGUUAAUGGA